AGUCGCGUACUGCGCAGGCGCGGGGCGGCAGGGGCGCACCCAGUGCCACUGCCAGCCGCCUGCGCGGAGCCGAACGGACUUCGAUCGGCUGCAACAAGGAAUAAGACGAAAUCCAUGAUGUAAUUAGACGAGCCACUAUACCGUUUCAUGUCUGAGUGUGAUCUGGGGGUGAAAAUGAGUUUCAGUAAACAGGUCCACAGCAGGACGGCCAAGGUCGGUCAUCCAGUUGACCGGUGACCCCACCUUCCACGCGCCUGGAGCCGCCCGUGCGGCGCGCCGCUCGGUCGGGGCCGAACCGGCCGCCGUCGCCGUCUGUCUCCACAUACCAGCACCGUCGCCGGCGCGCGAGGUCCGUGCAGCUGCCGAGCCCACCGGGCCGAGAAUGUGCUCACGCCGUUCGGCUGUCUACGAUGCCGUGUUCUCCCGGUCUAGCUGAGUUUGAGGUGGAUGUGAUGGGUCACGUGAUGUCUGAGGUUCCCGAGACGGGCGAGAAGCGGCCGCCCGAGUACGCCGCCGAGCAGCUCAUCAAGAGGAUCCGGCCGGGCGGCUGGACGGAGGAGACGCCGCCGCCCUCGCCGCACGAGUCGUCCUCCGAGGCCAGCGAGGACGAGUCCGAGGACGAAGAGGAGGAGGAGGAGGAGGAAGCCGAGAAGGGCUACCAGGGCAGCAUCCUCGCCUCGUGCCUGCUCUCCGACAAGCGGUCGGGGUUCGCCGCCGAGCCGGAGCCGGCCUGUGAGCUGGGCCGCGCCCCCGGCCAGGGUACAGGCUUCGGAGGGUGGUACGCCGAUUCCGGCUACCAGCGGCCGCAGAAUCAGACCGUCGAGUGCGACGGUAAGAGCUACAUCCAGCUGGGUGCGGUGCCGGCGCGGCGAGAGCGCUCGCAGUUCUACCGGUACCAGAGGUUCACCGCGCUGCAUGCCACGCUGAUAAAGCUCAGCCGGCAUCGGCGCACCAUGGACCCGCUCCUGAGGAAGUCAGUGCUGCUCUUCAACACGAUGAGGCACAUCGAGAGGGAGUUGGAACAGGAGGGCCUCACUCUGGCGGCUGCCUUCAACCCGCACCAGUUCGACAGCGGUCCUCUAACGCUGGACCCGCCGCCGGUGCACUCUCCGCCGCCGGCGCCGCCGACACCGCCCCCGCCGGCGCCGCUGCCGCCGCCGCCCUCUGACGAGAUCAACUGGGGCUCUGUGCUGAGCCUGGGCAGCCAGCCGGACAUGGAGCUGCUGCCCUGCGACCCGGCGCCGCCGACACCGCACUGGCCGCUGCCGCCACUCUCCGCAGACGACGUGCUGCGAUCGGUGCCCGAGCGACGAGACGACCUGUCGCCGCCGCCGGCCGACACGGUCUCCCUGCUGGCGCUGUAGCGCCGCCCGCGCCACCUGGCGCCGCAGCUGUGAUAUUGGAGUACCUGGGUCGACCGCUCGGCGGCGCCGCUGUCGCGUCGCUCGCUCAAACGCGCCUCCGCAUGGCAGUGUCAAACCGGAUAGUACAAAUCGGCUCGCGCACGAGCGCACGCGGUGGGGAGGCGGGUAUCGGACUGGGGCGGCGGACCCAUUCCAGCGGACAUUAUCCAGUCGUCACAAGUGUCAUCGAGCGCACACAAUCAUGACAGGUCGCUCAAAUAGGCUCGAUCCGACGGUGCUCACAAAUGACGUUGCGAUGUAGUGGUUAGACGUGUUCAGCGCUGGCAGCCGCUCCUCAAGCUAUUCGACUCAUGAUCAUCCAAUGCGGAAUAUAUUAAGACUCAUGAUAGGCGUGGCCUUAGAGUCAACAUGUUCAUAACGUCGCAAUAGUCAGCAGUGGCACUCAAUUUGCUGAAAUUUUCUAUAAGUUUCUCAAGUGUUGCAGUUUCAGUGAGGCACAGUUUGGCCAUACGUUAUGUCGACUCAAACUCAUUUUUAUUGCCACAAAUGUCUGAGAUUGCUAAUCAAUAUUUGAGCAUCCAGUGUGCCAAUGACUUGAGCUAAAAAUAUGAAAGUCACGACUACGGGGAUUGUAUUGGCGACCGAGCUAUUUUGCUAAGUGAGUUUUAGUGUUACGUGUUGUACUCUUCGUGUCGCAGACAGAAGUCUGGGUGUCAUCGCCAUUAUGUAUUUAUUUAGCAGUGCGACUGUCCAGCCGUUAAGCGCGUAGGGUCACCGUUUCAGAUUGCAUGAUUCCUUUCCGGGAGGGAGAAGUUCAUCAGAUGUGUAUCUAUCGCUAUUGGGUCCGCCCCUCGAGGCCGAUCAUAAGAGCUGCGCAUACUUCUGUCUCAGCCAUGUCUUGGGGAAAUGUCAUAAUGUCUGCGUCUUCAUCGCCUCUCGCUGUGCCGUCGGCAGAGCUCGAAUCAAAGGCCGGUAGAGUUAGAGAUUGGGCGGCGGUGUGCCUGCCGACCGCUCCUCUUCAGGAGGUCCUCGGGCUGCUCAGCUCGCUCAGAGAGACCGCCUGCGGCCGGCGGUUCGUGAUCACACCCACUCGCGUCGGGGGACGCGAUUUCAAAUCAUCCAACAUCCAGAUUUAUAUCGUGUUUUGUACUAUUGUAAAUAUUUGUAUUCCGUUUCGGAAUAAACGUGAAAUCGUGAAUGCAAA